CGCAAUGUCUCCUAAAAGAGAAGGAAAGAAGAGGGGAAAUUUAACAGUAGAUGUUGUAACUCGCGAAUACACUAUCAAUCUUCAUAAAAGAAUUCAUGGAACAGGCUUCAAGAAAAGGGCUCCAAGAGCAAUCAAAGAAGUAAAAAAGUUUGCCGCUAAAAUGAUGAAGACCACAGACGUUCGAAUUGAUACCAGUUUGAACAAGCACUUAUGGAGCAAGGGAGUUAGAAAUGUUCCAUUUCGCGUAAGAGUUCGUUUGGCACGUAAGCGCAAUGAAGAUGAAGAAUCUACUAACAAAUUGUACACGCUCGUCACCUAUGUCCCAUGUGUAAACUUUAAGGGAACCCAAACGAUAAAUGUUGAAACCAGCGAGUAA